GAAGCCCGCAUUCACAUGCGGGCCCACCGUCGAAGCGAUAAGGAGAGUGACAGCCGCUCAGCCCGCCGGCUCACCCGACAACACCUCUCGCUUCACUCGCCGGAGGGAAACGGAGCAAAGAUGACCACGGCGGCGGCGGCGGCGGCGACGGCGACGAUGCGUCUGCCUUCCCCGUUCAAGGCCACGCCUUUCCGCCCUCCCUGCCACCGCGUCGUCCUGUCGACGCGGGGCCCCAGGCGGGCCGGGCUGGCCGUCUCGGCGGCCGCCGGCGGGUCGCCCCCCACCGUGCUCGUCACCGGCGCCGGAGGACGGACAGGCCAGAUUGUGUACAGGAAGCUGAAGGAGAGGGCAGACCAGUUUGUGGCCAGAGGGCUGGUCAGGACGCCGGACAGCAAGGCUAAGAUCGACGGCGGGGACGACGUGUUCAUCGGCGACAUCAGGGAUACAGGGAGCAUUGCUCCGGCGAUCGACGGCAUCGACGCUCUCAUCAUCCUCACCAGCGGGGUCCCGAAGAUGAAGCCCGGGUUCGAUCCUAGCAAAGGCGGUCGGCCCGAGUUUUACUUCGAGGAAGGGUCUGAUCCCGAGCAGGUGGAUUGGAUAGGCCAAAAGAACCAAAUCGACGCUGCCAAGAGCAUUGGUGUAAAGCAGAUAGUUUUGGUUGGAUCCAUGGGCGGAACAGAUAUCAACCAUCCACUAAACAAGCUUGGGAAUGGGAAUAUACUGGUGUGGAAACGGAAGGCAGAGCAGUACCUAGCGGACUCUGGUGUACCAUACACAAUUAUAAGAGCUGGAGGACUACAAGACAAAGAUGGUGGUGUGCGUGAGUUGAUUGUUGGAAAGGACGACGAGAUCUUGAAGACUGAAACAAAAACUGUUGCCAGGGCAGAUGUUGCAGAAGUUUGCAUACAGGCCUUGCUAUUUGAGGAAGCAAAGUUCAAGGCGUUUGAUCUGGCUUCAAAACCUGAAGGUGAAGGAACACCAACGACAGACUUUAAGUCUGUUUUUGCACAGAUUGCUACUCGCUUCUAAGAAGACAAGGUCAUUCUGGCCAAUGAAGUGGGGACGGUUUUUUAAUUUAGGCGGUAUGGAAUUUGUACUGGGUCAGGAGGCUCCUCAUCUGGUCUGAGCAAGUAGGUAAAAGCAGGGAAGCAUACUGCUAUUAAGUAGCAGCACAAUCAGGUCAGAAGCUUUGAGAAGGAGGGAGAGGAGGGGUGUCUGUGGACUGUGGUGUCGAUGCCAACUAAGCCUUUUGUUCCUAACUACAGCCAUGGUGAUUGUGACACAGGAUGGUCCAGAUUGCAACAGUUAUCCUCUCGAUUAAUCCUACGCCUGGCUACGUGCCAGACGUGUAAAGAAACUGUCAUAUCUGACCGCCGUUCUAAUUUUAGGGAUAAAACAGAACGCUUAACGAACAAGCGAGCAAAACUAUUAUUUCAUGUUAGUCUUCAUCCGUA